CCACAGAGCGCCCCCCGCAGGAAGAAUGAGUUCGCGCCGUCGUCUUGGAAACAGAUUUGGCGCCCAAGGAUGUGCGAAGCAGACGAAGAAAAGCAUUCUGGGUAAUUUUGAAAGAUGGCGGACGAAGUGGAGCAGCAACAGACCACCAAUACUGUUGAAGAGCCCCUGGAUCUGAUCCGGUUGAGUUUAGAUGAGAGGAUCUAUGUGAAGAUGAGAAACGACAGAGAGCUGCGCGGCAGACUGCACGCCUAUGACCAGCACUUAAACAUGAUCCUCGGCGAUGUUGAGGAGACUGUCACGACUGUGGAGAUUGAUGAAGAGACGUACGAGGAGAUUUAUAAGUCAACCAAGAGAAACAUUCCCAUGCUGUUUGUCCGAGGGGAUGGAGUCGUGCUAGUAGCCCCCCCGCUGAGAGUAGGAUAACUUCAUUUGGAGGAGCUCAUCUGACCUACAUCAUUUUGCUUUGGACUCUUAAAUUCCUAAGACGGACUUUUAAGUGAAUAACAUUUUUGUUUUGAACCGCAGAGUUCUGUUUGUUUUGAAGUCGACGUUCCGUUUUAUGUUUAGCGAACUCUGAAGGUAUUAUGUGCUGUUUUCGAUUCUGAUAAAGUAAUUAAAAGUUUUAUUUUCAAAAAAACAGAUAUUUUCAAAAAAUUAAUAAAAACCAUGUUAUGAUCAGGCAAACGCUUUUCUAUAAAACAUGUCAUCUGCUGUGUUGGCCUGAUAUUUUUUUAAUAAGCAUUUCUCCACAUUAUCACAACACAAGACAUUACCCACAUAAACCCUGAAAAAGUUAGAAAAUGUUUGUGGGAAUUUAUGACCGUCCUAUAUAGAAAAAAUCAUUUUCCACUGUAAUUUGCUGUAUUGACAAUUUUUUUAUAGUAAACAAGCAAAGAAAUGUAAUUGCA